AUGGCUGGUGUUUUGAAAGGAUAACAGACUUUCACAAUCAUGAAUUUGAUUGGUCAUCUUCUCCCUCCACUUCCUUCAACUUCUUCCAAGCCUUCAACCCCCAAGACCUCUCUUUGCCUUCAAAUCCCAGAAACUACUUCACUAAAUCCAAACCCAAAACCCAUUCUCUUAUCAAAGCUACUCUCUUUAGCUCUAGCUGCAACUUUAAGCUCCCCAUUACCUUCUCUGGCAAUCCCUUCUUUCAACUCUCAGUCCUUUCAACUCCCUCCUAGUCCUACCACUCCAUUCUCUGAGUCCAAGACUUUGGAGACUGGACUCGAAAAUGGGAAAAUCAGACCUUGCCCAUCAACAAAUCCAGGUUGUGUAUCAACAAAUCCGAAAUCAUCAUCAUUUGCCUUCCCUUGGACAAUUCCUGAAAAUUCUUCAGGCAAUGCAAUUCAGAAAUUGCAAGAAGCAAUCCUGAAGACACAGAAAAAUGCAAAAAUUCAGGUUGUUGAAGAUACACCCAACGGCCAAUAUUUACAAGCUGAGGUUGAUGAUGGAGGAUUUGGCCGGGAUGUGCUGGAGUUUUUGGUGAAAGGGGAUGUAGUUGCAUAUAGGUCUAUAGCCACCAAAGUAACGUAUGUGUACCCCUUCACAACGGCUUUAGGGGAUUCAAAGGGACAAGAAGAAAGAAUGAAGAAGAUUAUAGAUCAGCUGGGCUGGUAUGCUCCAAGUUUUGAUACCAUGGAUUAGUAUCAUUCAAUUUUCUCAAUACAAGUAACAAGUAAUUUCAGUACGAGAUCAUGUUUAUUCUAAUUUAUUCAUUGGAGUAUUGUUGAUUUCAUCUCUAACUACUGGUCAUUUCCGUAGGAUAUGAUAGCAGAGGAUGCAGUCUUUCAGUGUAUUUACUAAUCAUAUUUCUACAUGAAGCUUUUUGAUUA